CUGUUGUUUUCUACUCUCAUAUGCUGCCCACUCAGCACUCCUCCCCUCAUAUGCUUCUCGUUUGUAGGGACUUUGUCAAUCGCCCAGGAUCUGUGUUGACAUGUAUCUUUGGAAGCCAACGUCCGGCCCCCUGCUUUGAGGUUUUACCUGGCCGUGGAUUGCAGUAGUUGGAGGAAAUGUCACUGCAAUGUGAUUAUGAUGGUUCGGGCAGUGUGUGUUAUGUUCAUUGAAAGGGAACAUGUGCGUAAUGGGUUGGACAGGGUUGUGUGUGUAAUGGGUUGUGAGGAUAAAGUGUUCCUAGAGGUUUAUUUAACCCCUGAGUUAGUGGCAAGACUACAGAAAUCACCCCCAGAUGUUUGACAGCACAAUCUGAAUAUUUACAACAAGGCCAAUGAACAUCGGCCCCUUCACGCUGUAACACUUACUCUUUGCUCCUUUGGCAAUGCUCAAGUUAAUGCUUAAUCUAAGUGCAGACCCUCAAUUGCUAAGGCCAAGCCCUGUUUAUGAGAGGGAGGUUACUUGGACUCGAACAGAUCAGUCAUUGCAGACCAAAGGCAUACAAGCUCAGGGACGCCAUCAGAUUCAUCUCUACCAGUCAAGCAACUGGACCUUCAGGACUGACAGGAGGAAGCAGCCACCUCUUUCGGCAUGAAAGGUUCCUUUACAUCCAAGGCACUCGCCGCUGCCUUUGUCGUCCUGACCAUCUCUGUCAUUGCUGGCAUUGUCACCAUGACCAUUCUGUACAAGACGGAGAUCUCUAAAUUGAAUCCGACGCCCCGUCCAACCUUCCCGUCCACCACAACAGGACCACCACCUGUCAUGCGGCUGCCAAAGAAUCUCAUACCUCAGAGCUACAAGGUCUUCCUCCAGCCUCACCUCUACACCCAAAUCAUCGAGAAGAUAAAUGUGACCAGUCCCAAUCAGACAAUGCUCUUCACCGGAAACUCUACGGUUAACUUUCACUGCGUCCAGAGGACUAGCACAAUCUACCUUAACAGCAAGGACCUGGCUGUUUCUGAUCCAGCGGUGAUGGACAAAAACACAAAUGAGAUGAUAAGUGUUUCUGAGCUGAAAUACCACGAAGACGAAAGUAACUUCCUCGAGAUCCAGUUGAAUAAUGCCUUGGAGGCAGGCCGUAACUACAGUUUGUUUCUGGCUUUCAAGGGAGAGAUAUCAGAAAAUCUUGAUGCACUGUAUGUAAGCACAUAUAUUGAAGGUGACCCAGAUUAUGAAGGGGAUCAAAAUUCAGAGAGGUUCCUUGCCGCCACCAACAUGGAACCAACAGAUGCCAGGAGAGUGUUUCCUUGUUUCGAUGAGCCAGAAAUGAAGGCUGUGUUUGAUGUGACCAUAAUCCACAGGCGAGGCACGCUAGCUCUGGGAAAUGAGGAAAAGUCAGGCUCUAAUAUCAUAGACGAUGACUGGCAAUACACGCGUUUUUAUCCAACACCGAAGAUGUCAACAUACUUGUUUGCCUUCACGGUUUCAGAGUUCACAUCAACCCCCUCCCCACACGAGCGUGUGGAAAUUCAAACGUUUGCUCGUCCUGAGGCCACUGCAGCAGGACACGCUCAAUAUGCAGCCAACAUCACCGGAAAGAUUCUGAAGUUCUUCGAGAGUCGGUUUGGAAUUGAUUACCAACAGAAAACACUAGAUCAAAUUGCACUGCCAGACUUAUAUCCUGAAGCAAUGGAAAAUUGGGGACUGAUCACAUACCAGGAGGGAGAACUGCUCUAUGAGGAGGGAGUGUCCUCACUGUUGCAUAAAGAAAUGAUCGCCACUAUCAUUGCACAUGAACUGGCACACCAGUGGUUUGGAAAUCUGGUGACAAUGAAAUGGUGGAAUGAAAUUUGGCUGAAUGAGGGUUUUGCCACCUACAUGUCAUACUUUGCAGUGGACUACGUUGAGCCUACAUUUAAAAUGAAAGACACAUUUGUCCUGAGCGACCUCCAUACAGCGUUUGAGGAGGAUGCUCUGGCCUCAUCACAUCCUCUUAGUCCUCAGCAGGAAGAUGUCCAGACGACUUCUGAGAUCAUGGAGAUGUUUGAUGCUAUAACCUACUGUAAGGGGGCAAUUGUGCUGAGAAUGCUGGCAGACGUGGUGGGGGAAAGUGUUUUCAACAAAGGGGUCAAUAUGUAUCUGUCUGACUUUAAGUAUAAAAACACUGACCAGAAUGACCUCUGGGAAUACAUACAAAAGGCUGUAAAUGACGAUAGUGGUCACACCAACGUUGCUGAACUGAUGGGUACCUGGGUCAACCAAAUUGGCUAUCCUGUCAUCACUAUCAACACAACCAAUGGAGAAAUCUAUCAGAAGCAGUUCCUUUUCAAUGACUCAUCCGAAUCUAUUCUUUGGUGGCACAUCCCAAUCACAGUCAUGUCAGAUACAUCUGAACCGUCUUCUGAAUGGUUGACAAGCAGCGAAAUAGAAAAGAAAGAAAAAUUCAUUUCUAAGAGUGGAGAGUGGAUCCUGGCAAAUGUCAACUGUACUGGAUACUACAGAGUCAAUUACAACCCAGAGAACUGGCAACGCCUCCUGAAUCAGCUAGAGACAAAUCCAAAACGAAUCCCACUGAUGAACAGAGGGCAGCUCAUUGAUGAUGCUUUUAACUUGGCGAGGGCCAAACUUGUCAACGUGACUCUAGCUCUGAAUUCAACCCGCUUCCUUCGGAAUGAGACAGCGUACCUUCCCUGGGAAUCAGCAGUCAGGAACCUUGAGUACUUUGUCCUCAUGUUUGACCGCUCCGAGGUGUAUGGACCCAUGCAGAUGUACCUCCGGGAACAGGUUAAGGGCCUCUACAACUUCUUCAGGAACUACACAGAUAAUUCAGAAGUCCCAAAUGACCACUCCUUACAACACAACCAGAUCACCGCCAUAGAAGUGGCGUGCUCCAAUGGACUCCCAGAAUGCAUAGAGAUGGCUACAAAGAUGUAUGCCACCUGGAUGAACAGUAACAACACCAACAACAUUCACCCCAACCUGCGUUCUGUAAUCUACUGCCAAGCUGUGGCUGCUGGCGGGAAGACAGAGUGGGAGUUUGCCUGGAAUAAGUUUCAGAGCUCCAGCGACACCUCAGAGAGAAACCAGCUCCGGAAAGCUCUGUCUUGCACCAGAAAGAUCUGGCUGCUCAACAGAUACCUGGAAUACACUCUGAACGCUGAGAAGAUACGCCUCAUGGAUGUUGCUUCCACCAUUAACUACAUAGCCCAGAACGUGGUGGGGCAGGCACUGGCCUGGAACUUUAUCAGAGCACACUGGGAAUAUGUCAGUUUAGGGGAUGGAGCGAUGCUGAUCGAGGGAACGACAAGCAGGUUCUCGACACAAUUUGAAUUGGAUGAGGUAAUUAACUGAUGUUUCAUUAGGUCAUAAUGAUAAUACCAGCGUGCAAAGAUGUCAAGUGGAAACUCCUGUCUUUCCAGUCACACACCAAUAACUGAUUUAUAUUACAUUAAGUAUCUUGAUCCACCCUGAUAUCAUAUCAGAAGUCUUUCUUGUCAUUGUGAGUUCUAUGGAUGACAGCGUGUUAGUUUUACCUCUGAGCCAAACCCCCAAAUUUCUCUCGCUAGGCCAUUUCUUAUUUAUAGUUUAAAUGACAAGGCUGGUUAAAUUCUAUAUUUUUUGUUUCUGUCAACAAAUUCCAUGAAAAGAUGAAAUCCAUCUAUGAAUGUAUCCUACUAAGUAUUGUGUGUGUAUCCAAAGCCGCAUUUUCCUUAUUAUUCUGUGUCAUA